AUGUCUAGUCCUGCUAAUAUACGUGAGCUCAAACUUAGAAAAAAACUUGAUGAACAGAAGAAAUCUGAAAUUUAUUUCAUCAAACUAUUGGAGAAUAAAGUACGAAGUUUGAUCAAUCAGUUAGAAUUGGAAGUCGAUGAAGUUACAAAACUGCGUCAAGAUUUAACAAAAAUGGCUAAGUAUAAUCAACAAUUGCAAACGAUGCUUGGAGAGGAAUUAGAUAAUCGUGACCGACGCGAACAAGAACGUAAACGAAUCUUGGCUAUUUCGAGAUGGACACCAUUUUAUUGGGGCCCGAAUGCAUUUGAAGAAGCUUAUUGUGAAAUCGAAAUAUCGUCCGAAUCACCAGAAUUCAAUACUAUCGAGCAGCUGAUGAAUUCAACCAUCUCAAAGCAUGGCAAUCGAUAUGGAACGGUCAAUGAACGAGAUCCAACAGAAUUUUUAAUAAAUAGAAUAGUACGAAUAUAG